CCUUCCCGGCCCAGCAGUCGCCACAGCCUCACAGGCCCUCGCGAGGCCCGGCGGAGGGCAGGGCUGGGGGCCGGGGCCCCGCCCCCUCGCGCUCCACCGCCCCGCUCCCAUUGGACGGCUGGGCCCGCGCGCAGCGUUGAAGCGGGCGGCGGGCGGCGAGGGAGGUCUCCUCGUGCCUUCCCGCGCUGUCUCGUCGCGCGCCGGGGGCGCGAGGCGCAGGAUGCGCCCCGCCAGCUGCUUCGGCGUUCCGCUCUGCUCCUUCAGCGGCGCCUCCAGCCGGCGGCCUCGCAGCCGCUACUCGCACAGGGCUUCCCUGCGCAGGGAGCCGCCCCGCGCCGCGCCGCAGCCGGCCACCACCGCCCGUCCGCAGGGUCUCUCUCUCUCUCCUGUAAAAAAUGAGGAAGAAAAUGCUAAACAGUACUGUAACCCAACCAUUCCACCAUGCAGAAAUUGGGAUGGAAAUUCAAAGAUGUCUCCAUUUAGGAGUAGAUGUGUAUUCACAAAGAUGCCAAGAAACUCUUCCCCAAUGAAACCUGAAGUUGAACUUUCAGACUCUGAUGAUGAAGGUAGACUUGUCAUUGAUGUGCCACCGGAAGUUCCUAAUAAAAAGCCAAGAAUAAGAAGGAACUGUAGAAAUGGUAACAGGGACAAAGAACUGGCUGCUGUAAUAUGUGCAGGAAAAUUACAUGACGAUGCUAUAGCAAGCAUUCUUGGGUGUACAGAAGAAAAAUCUGAGGAAAUUAUUACUUUGCAGAAAACCAGCAAAAGUUUAAAUAAGCUUGAAAAACUAGGCAGUGUUUCUCCAAAAGCAAAUGAGAUUUUUUUGUCUGAUGUAAGCACUGGUAUAUUGAAGGGUUUGGGGAAAAAAGGUGCCCUUACUUACAGUGAGGAGAAACAUAUAUCUUCAGCUGCUUCUACUGAGGCAGGCAUGAAGAGGGGAAUUCUGAAGCAAGGAAAUGCAGAAACUAACAUAUUGGUCAAAGCAUUUCAGGAAAGUACUACUAAUGAAGUCUGUGUGAAGAGCAGAAGAGUAACAGAGUCUCCUUUGUGUACUGGUCACUCAUCAAAAGAUGGAACUGCAAUUGGAAGACCUUAUAAGGCAGUUAUAAAGAAAGAGAAAAGGCAGAGUAUAGAAGAAAGUAGGGGAAAUGAUAGCCCAGAAGAUACAUACCCAUAUCCAACUUAUUACCUAAACAAGAAAGAAAGUGGGCUGGGCUCAUCCACUGAGGAAGCAGAACCCAGUGGGGAGGACACAGAGCUCUCCGAAUCAGAUGAUCCUUUAGAGGAGUGUCGAAGAAUUUUUGAUGAGUUUGAAAGAGAAGCACAAAAGAAUGACCAUGAUAAGCAGGCCCAUGGAAGAAAUGUAGAUCUCAAUUUGUUAGAAAUCAAAGUAAAUGUUCCUGGACAAAAGAGAAGAAUUGCACACAUGGCAAAAUUUGGUGUACCUAACAAAAAUGAAAUGGUGCUUUUCAAGGUGUCUCCUUGGCAGCAAGGUCAUAAUGCAGAAAUUCAGCAAUCAAGCUCCCCUUCUUCAGUUUUUACUUGGAAAAGGCCUUCCACUCCAGAAUCAGGAUGCAAAGUACCACAAGAGACAAGACAGCGAUAUUUCACUUGUUUUCUUACAGAAUGCUUCAAAACAUGUAGCACAGUCAAUGAGGCUAUUAACAAGUCCCUGAUAGAAGAACAAUCUAUUUAUGAUCGUUGUGGCAGUAAAAAGAUGUACCUGAAUCUUGCUGUGAAGACUCUCAAAAAGCUACGAGAUCUUGGGCAACUUAAUAACAGCAAAUCUUCCAGUGGCACUGCAUCCCGAAAGUCAAAGGAAAAGAAAGCAUUUACAGGUGGUGCUCUAUAUGAACUCUUAAAAAAUUAUCUUUUGACUAAGGAACAGUUGACUGAAAAUAACUUCCCUCGACCUCAUCCUGAAAAAAAUGGCAGUGCUAUUCUUACUGGUGGUGUAAAAAAUGCUGGAUGUGAUGCUUUCAAAAGGGUCUGCUGUAGGUGUGGUGAAGUAUAUGCUGUUACUUCUUUCGGAACACAUCAACGUAAAGAGGAAUGCAACUAUCAUUCUGGUAGAGUAUUGGAACAAAGAGUUCCCGGUGGUGUGGAAAAAUGUUAUAGCUGUUGUGAGAGAGUAGUUGGGUCUGCUGGAUGUCAGAUUGCAAAGUGUUACACAACCCGUGGCUUGGAACUAACUAGAGUCACAGUGGUCGAUCCUAAGCUACAGGUUGUCUAUGAUGCAUUUGUUAAGCCAGAUGGUAAAGUUGUGGACUACGAUAUAAGACUUUCCGGAGUAACAGAGAAUGAUCUGAAGAAUACUACAACAACUCUUCGGGCUGUACAGGCAAUACUGCUAAACCUGUUCAGUGUGGAUACAAUCUUAAUUGGACACAACUUAGAAAAUGACUUAUUUGCUCUCAAGCUAAUUCAUGACAUGGUGGUGGACACAUCAGUAGUGUUUCCUCAUCCGCUAGGUUUGCCUCACAAAAGAACACUUAGAAGUCUGACGGCUGACUACCUCAGGAGAAUUCAUCAAGAUGAUGUUGGUUAUAAUUCCAGGGAAAAUGCAAUGGCUUGUAUGGAACUAAUCCUUUGGAAGGUCGAAGAGGAUAAUAGAAUGAGAAAACAAUGAUUGUUAUGGGUCUGGAGGAACAAGAUGUGGGGGGAAAAAAUCAACCUCAGCUUGGCUCACUGCUCUGUAAUGCUUCAGUACCAAUUAUUUUUCUGAUGUGAAGAGCGAAAAAUCUCAUGGAAAAACCUGACUGUACUUCUGAUGCUUAAGGUGUGCAGGAAGGAGAAAACGCAAAUGUGGAAAAUACGUGCAAGAUGCACAGAGUAAAUUCUGGCAUUAAACAGCCUUUUUUUUGGGGGGUGGGGUGGUCAAAAGAGUAUUAUUUCUGUAAUCGUCCUUACAACUCUGUGUAGCUGAAAACUAUCAUUUGCAGUAAGCAAAAGUAGUGCUUGUUUCAAGUUGUGGAUAUAACUUUUUGAUUUCACCUUGUUCAGCCUCUGUGAAAUAAAACUUAAAUUUCUGCAGUGUGA